CAUAAAGAAACAUAUACUGCAGCAGUGGACUGGUGGUCAUUGGGCAUCACCAUCUGCGACAUGGCCACUGGCAAGUUGCCAUUUAACAACAGCGGCAACACCAAGGAGCUGAUUCAUUCCAUAAAAUACAAGGAACCUAAGAUACCUAAUGGACUGGAUGAAGAUCUGAAACAUCUUCUGUACAAGAUUCUUAAAAGGAAAUCAAAACGUCGCCUUGGACUGCGAGGAGACAUUAGGCAACAACCAUUUUAUCGAUCCAUCAAUUGGGUGGCGCUGGAAAAGAAAGAAUUACAACCACCUUUCCAGCCCAGAACUCCAGCAGCUAAUCUAUUCCAGCCGUAUGAUGGGAAGCCGCCGCUGUCAUUCCUCAAUGAGGAUGAAGCCACUUCAGGGGAAGCUACAUCGGAAGACAGAAACAUCAUUCCCGGCUUCUCAUUUUUAAGUUCCACCUGGCUGGAGUAAGUAUAAAGGCACGUGUGUCAUUCAGUCACUAAUAACAACAUGCUGCUAUUCCAUCUAGUGCAGGUACAAAACACCAGUUUAUCUGUGGAAUUCAAGAUCAUCUCCACCUGCUGUACAAAGGCCGUAUCUUCCUCCUGUUUGUAACAUCAGCUCCACCUUCACCUGGAAUUCCAUCGCCCAGGGUAUGAGACUGCUUGGUAACAUCAAGUACUGGGAACACGAGGGGCAGUCACUCAUCUGGUACAUCAGGUAAGUAUCAGGUGGGUAUAUAUAUGUGAGUGAAUGUGUGAGUGAACGUGAGAUAUGAAAGGAUAAGGGUGUAACAGAAGGCAAAGCAGAGUCUAAGAUCACAGCCUGCUUUGUCUUCCUGCACAUCAUGUCUAUAGAUCCUAUACCCUGUUAGUUAUGUAAAUAGUUUUAUAGUUUUACCAGGGCAAGGGUUUUUUCCCAUCUGAAGUAAGAUGGGGUUUUUUUACCUUGUCCCUUAAGUUUCUAUGUUAAAUGAGCAAAGGGUGGGACUUCA